AUGAGUCGAGAAACAAAUGAAAAUUUGAAAAGAAUAUCACCUUUUGCUAUUCCAACACAUUCUUAUUUAUUUGGAUAUACUCACUGGAAUGAAGCUCAAAAAAUUCAUCGGAAAUACAAAGCCAAGACUCAACAGAAAUAUGAAAGUAAAAAAAUAUUAGUUAAGCCAGAUAAAAAAGCUCCAAUUCAACUGCCAGUAGGAAUAACUGACGUUGAUCCGAGUUAUUUUACUGAUAUUGCUGGUCGUGCUAUAAAAGAAAAAUUUUCAAGAAGAAAAUACAUUGACGAUAUUCGAAACAUUUUAAAAACUAAGCUUACAACCGGUUAUUAUCAAGAUUACUGUUUAAGAGUAAAUCAACAGUUUUCUGAAGAACAAAAUGCCCUAGAAGCAAUUAAGAAGAAUUACCAUCAACACCUAAAUCUGUUUGAAGAAUAUUUAUCCCAAGAUAAUGAAGAUACUGUAAAAGUAAUUGAAAAAGCUCAAGAGGCAUCUCAAAAUAAUCGCAAAUUGAUGGCAAAACGUGAUCAAUUGUUAAAGGAAGUUGGACAAGUUUCUUUGAAAGUUUACCAUUGGAGAAAAAUUGGAAUAUUGUCAAAGAUUUGUCAUGAGUUUGUUCGUAAAAUGUCGUCAAGUCAUCUACAUACUCUAGAGAAACAUGAGUCCUUAAACAAUUCUAUCAAUAACCCGAAUAGUGAUGACCAAGUAUUAUCAAAAAGUUCUUUAGAGUGUCUAGUAGAUGCAUUUCAAAAGGACAUUACUGACAACCAUUUAGGAAGUCCAGAAGACAUAACUCUUGAAGAUCCUCGAGAACUUUCACAAAUUUUUAACGCCAUAGAAGUACGUAAUCUCGAUGCUUUAAUUUAUCUCGAAUCUUUGGCUCGGCCCAUGGAAGAGCUGACUUCAAAUAUUACUAAAGCAGAAAAUCUUAUUAAAGAAGAAAUCAGUAUCAUCGAAGAAAGUUUGGAAGAAAUUAAGUCAUUAAUAAAAUCAAGCCAACAGAGAGUCACUGAUCUCAAAGUUUAUGAAGAUUAUUUAUUGCAUCAAGUCUUCAGGGACUUAGUUUGCUCAGAAGCUGUGCUACAGCUGUAUGUUUUUAUCGAAGAUGCAUAUGAAAGCUGCAUUGGACCUAAUACUACUAAUAUGAAUGCUUAUGCAAUGAUGCAGGCAAUUGAAAAAACUUAUGAAAGUCUUAAUGUUGUUCUUGAUAGUUUACCACCCAAGAUUGUUGCAGAGUGUGAAAAGGAAGGAUUUGCUCAAGAAAUUAAAAAAAUUCGCGAAGCUGAAGAUGCUGCUAGAAAGUUCGAGUUGAUGCACCGACUACUCGCUGCACUAGAGCGAAUAAUGGUACGGUCAGAAAUGAGUUUACAGCCCAAGUCCAAAGAUAAAUCGACACUGCAUACACGUCAGAUAAAGCCAUCGAGCUCAAUAUCUAGUGUGGAUUUCAUGAAAGUAAAAAAACUUCAAUUGAAAGAAUUAACAAUGCCAAGACGAUAUCGUGAAUUUUCAAUGGAAGAUUACAAGUCUAUGGAAGAUCUUAAUAUUAGUAAUCUAACUUUCAAAAUGAAUAAAUCGAGUCAAGACAAUGCACCAAAAGAAACAGUAGCUACUGAUGAUAAUCACGACUGUCGUGAUGAAAUUGUAUAAUUUUAAUCGUUGCUUUUUUAGGAAUUCUAUGUUUGGAUUAUAGGAAUAACAAUAAUAAGUGUAGGUAGAAAUUCAGAGGAAAAGGAAAUGUCUCGUAAUAGUAGACUUGCGUAGGUGUAAGUCGAUAAUUCCGGUUUGGUUGACUUUUUUUUUCAAAAUAAAUAUAAAAAUUAAUUGAAUUAUGAAUUCACUGAUAAAAAUUAUCAAUUUGAUAUAUUUAAAAAAAAUUACAGUCCAAGUUUUUACAAUACUUAUUGUUAUUAAUAAGUAACAAUACUUUUAGAAUAAAUCAUAAUAAUCUAUAUAAAUCUCAUUGCGAUGAGUUAUAAAUUUUACAGGCUUUUUUAAAACGAUGAUAUUAUUUUCACUAUUGAUUGUAAUUUCCCUACGCGUAAAUAAAUAGUUAGAUGAGAAUAAUGCGUAGAUAAUUGUUAUA